AUGGCGGCGGGAACUUCGAAAAGCCGUUGUGUUGUCCCGCCCGAAUGCGAUCGUCGUGGAAUCACUAUGACAAACGAUGCAGAAAGAUCAGAACAUCUUUGUCAGCGAUUUUCGACUGUUGAUGUUGUUUUUGUGUUGGUCUCUCUGUUCACAUAUGUUCUGGACCUAGUAACUGAUUGUUUGCUGGCAUGGCAGUUUUUUUCUGUUGGUCACUCAGUGUGUGGUGUGUGGACCAUUGUGUUUGUGCUGGUUCCAACUCUGACACUACAGCUGCUGAGCAUCCGCUGGUACAUUGCUGAGAACCAAAGCCUAUGCUGCAGUUGGAUCUUGCUCGCUCAUAUCUUUGGGUUAGGGCCUGUGCAGAGAUAUAUGUCUGUGUUACAACAUGGAAGAGAUGCACGGAGAUCAAACAGCCCCCAGUCGUACAAGAAGCUAUACCAAGCUCAGAAUGAUAUCUCCUGCUUGAGAUUUAUUGAGGCUUAUCUGGAGUCUGCUCCUCAGCUGAUCUUACAGGGAUAUUUCAUCUUGACGGUACAGCCUCUUACCUGGGUGUCAGGCCUAUCCACAUCUGUGUCUCUGGUCUCUCUUGCCUGGGCAGUAGCCUCCUACAGUAAUGCUCUUCGCCUAGCUUACCGAGAGGCAUACUUAACGCGUUGGGGUGGACUAGUCUUACAAGCUCUCUGGCACAUUGGCACAGUUGCUUCCAGAGUUGUUGCCAUCGCAGUGUUUGCUUCAGUUUACCAUGCCUGGACUUUUCUUGCCAUUGGUGCACACUGGCUGGCCAUGUCAGUGUGGGUAUUUAUCCAGGGCCCGGAAUUCUUUUCCCGCAGGUGGGAGAACAAGCUGUUCAGCUUUGUUCUGGGUGUUGUCUACAUCUUCUGCUUCCUAAACUUGAAGGAUGGUCCAACACGCUAUAAGAUGUGGCCCUUCUACCUCGUCCUGCUGGCUGAGAACGGGCUACUGGUUGGUCUGUGGUACAGGGAGCACCCUUCCCAAGAUACCCUCAUGAUUAUAGUAACUGCAGUUGUCUUUGGAGGUUACCUUUUAGGUGUGUUGUUUUUAUUGCUGUACUAUGGCUGGUGCCAUCCAAGUGGCCCAAUCUCGCUGUGCAGAGAACAGAAGUCUGCAAUACACAAUGAUCAUGCUGACACUGAUCAGCAAGGACAUGAGGGAGCUUACCAUAGGAGAGUAUUUGAUGCCUCAUUGACUUCAGCCACACUGAAUCCAGUUUUCACCAGUGGGUACGAUCUGAGUUUGGACUCCUCUUGGUCUGGACUGGUACAUAGCAGACGGGGCGACGACCCAACCUUCACUACAUCCAAAUAUAAGACCAGCUCGAGGCAGUUGGAUUUUGAAGGCAACCAUACUCAAGGUGAACCAAGUGAUGUGUGCACAAGAGUAUUUGAUGCUCCCUGUUGUGGUCCCACAACUCCAGGUUACUGGCUUGUAUCACAAAUACACCAAGACCAGUCGGGGGCGGGGGACCAGCAGUUCCUCUGUUGCCUCAGAGAGUACCUCUAAAAGCCCUCUGGGAUGUGCAACAUUGGCUGAUUCAACUGACUUGGCCUCCUUCUCCAUUGCCUCAUCAAGACUGGGUUUGGACAACGCUGGUUUUAGUGUAGGAUCACUGACAUCAAUACCAUCUAGUAGACAGAGCAGUUUUGUUGUUCAUCAGAACGAGCGUCUGUCUUCCUCCACUCCAGGACUGUCAGCAUCACUCCCAGCCCUUUGUCUUGGCUCUGUCUUAAAUGUGGAUGGUGACAAGACCUAUUGUUGCACUUUGCCAAGAAAACAGAGCAGUGUUUAUGCCAUAACAGGAAUUCCAAAGAAUGACCCCCCAAAAUAUACCUUUAGCAAAUCACCUUACAACAAACAUUUAACCUAUCAGAAGAACCCACAGGAAAAAAAGAUGGACCAACGAUUACGCAUGUUUGAACAUACGCAAAGCUUGCAGUGCAUUCCACAAGGGAGAGAAACAAGUAGUUUCUCUCUUCAGUCAAAGCAGGCAAUAUCGAAAAACAAGAUGAAAAGUAGUUGCGAAAGCCUGUCGUCCUGUUCUUCAAAUGUUAAACCUCGACCAUUGUCCCCUUUGAAUGCUCAGGCUUUGUGGGAGGAAUCAAUGGUAAGAUUUCACAAAAGCUUCGAUCUGGAAAUGAGUAGCCAAGAUACAUCUGGGGUGUCAGACCCAUGUGGAUCAGUAUUGGCUGACAGAAUAGCAAGGGCGAUUUCUGAUGACAGUGACCAUGUUUUUUCAGUUUCAAGUCCAGACCAGCCUAAAACUGAAAUAAAGAACAUGUAUGUAUCACCACAAAUGACAGACAUACAUUUGUUGCACUGUUCCGUUCAGGAAGAUUUAAUGAAAACUGGAAAUGGAAAUACGUCUAGUUUGACUGCAAACUCGACUCGAGGGUUAAAUGAAGAGUCUUCGUGCAGCAAACGCGCUAUUAAUGGGCUUGGUAUGGAUCAAUCCUCAAGUUCAAAUGAGAAGUUUUCACCUUCAGGACAAAAUUUUCGUAAUGGUUCUUCAGUAAGUUACAGAACAGAAUCUAGCGGAUUUCAAAGCAGCAACGUUGAGGACUCUUGUGAUUUCUUCAACUACUCUGAUGACACCAUAGAUCAAUCUAAGCAUACGCUAUCUGAUUUGGCACGCCGCUUGACUGUUUCUCUGGACUUGAACGCGAACAAUCAUUCCUCUACUAGCGAUAACCAAGAACUAAAGAUGCAUAUUCCGAGCCAUGGCGGCCAUGGACUGGGUUUACUACCAGCCGUUUUCAGAGAUACACCCUGGCGAGAAGACUAUCAGAGCAGAAUCCCAACACCUGUACUACGUGGAAGCUUGUUAUCCCUUUAUUCUGCCAGCGAACAGUCACUGUCUUUGGCAAGUGAGAUGAACAUCGCUACCGGAUCUACUGGCCACGGUACAUAUAUUAUACAUGCUCAGAGAAGCCCAAGCCAGUGUAGGCCUGACCUUCCAGGAUAUAAAUCCGCCAUUUCUGACAUUCUAGACCCUGUCCCAUCAACUUUGCAUGUUCCAGGAUGCCUUGAGCAAACCACCCCUCUUAAGAUCUAUAAUUUAGCGCAUUCUCCGAGAGGCAGGUAUAAAAGUUAUUCCAAAGUGGAUUGUGGAAACGUUCAAAGCCAGGGAGACAUUGGAAUCGAACUUGAAAACUACAAUAACUCUCCUUACAGAUCCCAGUAUAGUGACACGAAAAGAUCUGAAAAUCUCCAACUUUCAAAACUACAACAUAGAAACAAAAUUCUUUGUUAUGACAAGAGCGAAAGAUAUAUAUCUGAAAAUCUCCGGGAGAAAAGCCGCCCAUCUUCAGCACAAUCCCUGCCAUUCUCUGCAAGGAAUUUAAAAUUUCCAGGAAAUCGAACUCUCAGUGAAAAUGUAGACAGUUCCACCGACUCGGGGAAACACUCGGAUGUUAGCAUCAAAAGCAGCUUACGACAAGACAACUCGUGCAGCGAAAACACGGAUCCAAACGCUGACGCUUCCUGUAUGUCAAGCGGUACCCAUUUCUCAAGGGGUACAGAGUUCCUCUCCACAACCCCAGACUUUUCACCCAUAAGACCGUCAGAUUUACCUCCUCUUAUGGCGGAAAAAAGAUUACUAGCGCCGGGACAGUCUUACUUCAGUACCCCUAAAGUCUUUGUCCCAGGGCACAUCUCAUCUUCAGUGUUAACCGAUUUUGACAGCACAGACGAUAGCUUUUUUGGUGUGCAGAUACCUCGCCUUUCUGGUGUUCAUCCUAGAAAAACAGACUCUGUUCAAAGACGUCACCAUGCUUCACCUCCCACUGGGCAUGGCAAUGUCACGAGCAUGACGAGAGCGUCACAGGCCAAACAUCAGUAUUCCGGAGUAAAACAUGUGGGUGGUCCUGGCAUGGAUAGUAGUACCAGUUCCCACGGCAGCUCAGUCACCAGACACAGAUCCCCGCUUCAGACCCUAGACAUGAACAGAUAUUCCUCAGGAUUUGGUAAUAUGACUCAAGAAAUAUAAGAUUCAGGCAUACUUUGAAAAACUUUAUAAUAAUAACGCUGAAUAAAAAGCCUUAUAUAAUGAGCGAAGUUACAGGUUGUGUUCCGUCACACUUUCACGCGUUGGGCGUAUACCUGUAUUGAAAUUACUGCAUUAUAAAUAAUCAUCUCCGCCUGGAAAUUCUCAGUGAAUUGAACAUUUGUCCUGCUCCUUUAUUACAAAGUAAUGCUUUAAGAACGGUGUUAAAGAGUACUUUGAUCGUCAUCAGUGAACACGGAGGUCUGUUUUCACAGUGGCUGCUGGUAUGCUAUUAAUUGUAAUGUCAAACAUCAUUUAACCAAACGACAUCUGUAUUGCCGAUUUUCAAUGACAAUACUCUCUCUGUACCACUUCACUCGUGAAUAAAUUUAUUACUAUCUGUUGGAAGCGGGUUUUCCCGAUAUAAAUAUACAAAAUGCGUUUUGAUAAAACUUAGUUCCUUAUUUUAUGUGCUAUAGGAAAAAUUUGCAAUACUGCUGUUGACUUCAAUAGGGAAAAUGUUUGCAUACGAGGUUAAAACAUUUCCGGUAGUAUAAAAUUUGUAAUAAGGUCAAUACAUUAGUUUUAUACUUUCCUUCUUUACAUGAGAUUUGCUUGUUUUUGCAUGUAUGGAAAUGCAUGAUUAUCGCGGUGAAUCUUUUUCUUUUUCGGCGAAAGAAAUUUGCUUUGUGUUAUAAGAUGGUCCAUGACGUGAUUUGUUGGAUGCCAAAUCCCUCGUAAUUUAUUAUUCAUAGUUUUC